CCAGAUUCCACUGGUUCCCUGCUUUUUCUCUUUCUCUUUCUCUCUCUCUCCGAAAAAUUUGAAAAAGCAAAAUUGAAUUUUAUAAUUUAAAAAGUAUUUAUUUACGGAGAAAAAAGGAGCACUACAAGAUCACAAACCCUAGAAAUUUCGAGAAUCUUAUAUUUUUCAUCGGGUUUGCUUGAUCAAAAGUGAAGUCUUUUAUGUUAUCAUAUCAGGUGCAAUACAUUUCUUCGUGUUCUCUCUAGAAGUUUCUCCGCAGAAAAAAACGGAAAAAGGGAGAACAGUGUCACCUUUUGAUCUGUUUCUUUUGUUCGGAAUCUGCUGAUAGUAAUACACAACAAAUUUGAAAGAAGCGAGACUGACUCGCCGGUAUAUAAUAUUUUUAUCAUGGUGGUCACUGCUGCUACUGGCGCAUUCUUUCCUGUUGCUAAUCCACCUCCUGAAUCUGGUGGAGCAAAACCAUCUGGAAAGGUAGGAGGAAGUCUUCCUGGAAGUAUAGAUGCACGGGGGCUCAAUGCUAAGAAGCCUGCUUUUGGGAGUCUACAAGCUAAGGCCAAUGCUCAAGCUCCUCCUAAGGUGAAUGGAACAAAGGUAGGCGUUAUGGAUGGCCUCAAAACUGAUGAUGAGGUGUUUUCUUCACCUCCUCCAAGGACCUUUGCAAACCAGUUGCCUGAUUGGAGCAUGCUCCUUGCUGCCAUCACAACUAUCUUUUUGGCUGCUGAGAAGCAAUGGAUGAUGCUUGAUUGGAAGCCUAAGCGUCCUGAUAUGCUCGUUGAUCCAUUCGGUUUAGGAAAAAUUGUGCAGGAUGGCCUUGUUUUCCGUCAAAAUUUUAGCAUCAGGUCCUAUGAAAUAGGGGCUGAUAGGACUGCUUCUAUAGAAACGAUGAUGAAUCAUUUACAGGAAACUGCUCUUAACCAUGUCAAGUGUGCGGGACUCAUGCAUGGUGGGUUUGGAUCAACUCCAGAAAUGUCCAAGAGAAAUUUGAUUUGGGUUGUUACCAAAAUGCAGGUUGUAGUGGAUCGCUAUCCUACUUGGGGUGAUGUUGUUCAAGUUGACACUUGGGUGGCUGCAUCAGGGAAGAAUGGUAUGCGGCGAGAUUGGCUUGUCCGUGAUAGUAGUACAGGGCAUGUAUUGAUGAGAGCAUCCAGCUUAUGGGUGAUGAUGAAUAAGGAGACAAGGAGAUUAUCUAAAAUACCGGAGGAGGCUCGGGCUGAAAUUGAAGAUUAUUUUGUUGAUUCACCUCCUGUUAUUGACGAUGACAGCAGGAAGUUACCAAAACUUGACGAGACAACAGCAGACUACAUUCGAACUGGUUUAACUCCAAGAUGGAGUGACUUAGAUGUUAACCAGCAUGUUAAUAAUGUCAAGUACAUUGGCUGGAUUCUUGAGAGUGCACCCAUGCAAAUACUGGAAGGCUGCGAGCUCGCGGCCAUGACAUUGGAGUACCGAAGGGAAUGCAGAAGGGACAGUGUGCUGCAGUCACUGACCUCUGUACUGGACAAGGGUGUCGGUGACUUGGAUGACAUUGGGAAUGUUCAGUGUCAACAUUUGCUUCGACUCGAAAAUGGUGGAGAGGUUGUUAAGGGGCGGACUGAGUGGAGGCCAAAACGUGCCAUCAAUGGAAUUGGGAGCAUCGGCGGAUUCCCAGCAGAAAGCUUCUAGUUCCAUUACUUCCAAGUGCUGGAGUUGAAGUAAUGUCAGUUGCUGUAUGUCACAAUCCCUUGUGAAUCCUCCAACUUGUGCUCUUUGAUCUUUACAUAUUCUCUGCAUAUAUAUGUGUGUUUCAUUUUUAUCCUUGCUUUUUUUCUUCUAUUCCCCCUUGCCUCAUCUAUUAAUCUUUUUCUUUAUUUCCUUUAGAAACUAGUUAAAGUUAUCAGAACUAUUGUAAGUAGCCUUUGUGUCUUCUCUCUCCCUCAUUCCCCUAAUCCAGAAGCUUCCCAUCUUUUGUCCCUUAUCUUGCUGUCAAUUGAAAAUUUGGCCUAAAUGGCAUUGCUGAACAGGACAGCAAAUGGAAUAUUUUUUUAUUGUGGCUAUUCUUUAUAUCUGUAAUGCAAUAUAUUGUUCUCAAUUGC